AUGAAACUCGUGCUAGCAAUUAUUCUAUUCAAGACUGUCGCCAUCGUCAAUGCGCAUGUGCAAUGCGGGAACGACAAGUUUUGCAACGUGGGAUUCAAGUCAGCCUAUUUCCAGCAAUUUCAAGCAUCUUACACGUUAUUUUUAGACCAUUUCAAAUGGGAAAGCCUAACGAAUUCCAAACUGUACGAAAAUGUGCACAGGAGUUGGCGUUGUUAACUAAGAGUAAAAUCAUCGGAGUUUUCAAGUGAGAAGAUGACUUCAAAUGGAUUCUCGGAAUGCCAUUUUUUUUUAGCAAAUCUAUGUUCUUCCCUCUGGCUGCCGCACAAAAAGAAUUUUGUAUGGAUGACACGAUCGGAUUUCUGCUCGACGUAGACGUCACUGACUAUGAGGUCAGCUGCGUUUGGACAGGUUUGUGUUCGUCCAGAGUGGUUUUUUCGAAAGAAGGAGUUCAGGAGCGUCCCAGUACGGACAGUGUCAGGCAGUGCCUCCAAAUACAGACAGCUCCCUUAUCACUACAUCGUUGGGCCUGUUUGGGAAGAAAAGUUGACGGUAUUAGGCACUUUUCGAAUGCUGCCUAACAAAAGCUAACUUUCAGAGAGUGAGGAGCGCAUUAGGGUGUGA